UUUCGUGCUUGUCUUUGGAAAGCGUGUGAGCCGUGGGGCUGCGCUUCCCCUCGCCACGGGGGCUACUGGCUCGCGUGGGCUGUUGCGGUGUAGUGGGGCCGCCAUGGCGCAGGUGCUGAACCUUAACAAUGAGGUUGUGAAGAUGAGAAAAGAGGUGAAGAAGGCCAGAGUUCUUACCAUUCGCAGACUCACCAGACACAUUGCAAAACUUAAGUUAAAAAAGGGUUCAGAAGAUGUGGUACUAAAGAACCAAAGGCGAGCAGAGAGAUUACUAGAAGAAAUUCAUGCCAUGAAGGAAAUAAAACCGGAUCAAGUAACCAAACUUGCUCUUGGAGGAGAGAUUAAUUUUGAGCAAGUCUGCAAAAAGCCAAAUUCCACUGCAGCUGACAGAGCGACUGCUAGACUAGCAACACACCCACUGUUAAAGACAAAAAUUGCUGAUAUUAAAGCUGCUGUAAAAGCCUUUAAGGAUGCAAGACGGAAGCCACCUAAAACUCAAUCUUCAGAUGAGCAUAAAUCAGAAGAACAGCUUUCUCAAAAGCCUAAAUUGAGGCAACAUUCUAAUAGCAAUGUAGACAACCAGACACAUACACUGGUUCUAAAACAGCAAGAAGCUAAAACAAAGGUGAAUGUGAAAACAGCCACUAACAUAGAAAAUAAACAAAUCUGUGAGAGAGAAUGUGAGCAGAAAUCUUCAGAAAUUGAAAGAACAGAUUCUCCGGGUGAUCUGUCAUUACAAACUUCAGAAAAACAUGCCGUAGUUGAAGAUCAAACAGAACCGACAAUUGACUGGCCAAAUAGAAAAAAACUUACAAGUGCGAACAAGUUCAGGAUAACAAACAAAUCAAACAGUGAUGUUAGUGAUAUGGAAGAAUUCGAUAACAAGGAGUAUUUUGAUGACAGCACAGAAGAGAGGUUUUAUAACCAGUCAUCCGAUUCUGAAGAAAGUGAUAGCGAUGAUGAUUUCUUCAUCGGCAAAGUAAAGAAAAAGAAGAAGAAAGUGGCAGAUAGUGACCUUUCUUCAGCAAAGGAAAAGAAAAAACUCAAAGAAGCAUUACUAAACAAAACAAAGGACUCAAAGUUUAUGACGAUGCAGGAUGUGAUCACAGAAGAAAGUAAACCAAGUGCAAAAGCAAUGAAGUUGGAAUCAGUAUUUUGCAAUUCUCUGUCCAGAUCUGAUCAGAAAUCCAAAAAUAUGAAGAGAAAUGCUAACUAUCAGACUUCCAAAAACAGAAGAACAGCUUUUCCAAAAAAUGAACUGCGAGUAAAGAGAACACACCUUGCUAAAGCUGCAGGUAUAAAGUAUGAAAAUAAAAAAGAGCAUUUAGAGCAACCACUUCAUCCUUCGUGGGAAGCAAGCAAGAAGCGUCGGGAACAAAUAUCUCAAAUUACAGCAUUCCAGGGGAAAAAGAUUAAAUUUGAUGAUUAAACUUUUUUAAUGUAAAUUCAUAUUGUUAAAGAAGAUUCUUAUAGUUCCCCUCUAGUUUGGUAUCUACUUUUGAGAUGUAACAACUUGUGUUUUGACUGGACCUUUGUGACCCCGGUGUUAUAGAUUGAAAAGAGAAUAUUUAUCUUCUUGAUUGAGAUGAUACGUGCAAAGUUUGGAAACUAAACCUUUUACAGUAUUUGAGAACUAGUGCCUUUUUCAAAUCAUAUGUACAUGUUUUUAUAAACUAAAUAGUAUCCUAAUCUUGAGAAAUCGGUGAUGUAGUCUUUUAAGGUUUUUUGGCAAGGAAAAAGCUAUUCCAGAUUUGUUUAUAAUGAAGAUUGAGCAAAUGAAACAAUUGUGCUAAUGGGGAUGUCACAUAGUAUAUGAUUAAGAGUUCAGUUCUUUAGUGCCACCACCUGUGAAACCCACAAUGAAGUCAGGAAGGGGUUUAUGGAGCUAUUUUGUGCUCUGUAGUAGUUGAGAGUUUUCCUCUGUGGGGUUUUGCAUUAUGUAAGGUACACUCCAGAAAACUAUUGAAGGACUUCAAUAUCAGAAGAGAUGGGAAGAAUAAGUGCUCCUAGCUAAGAAAACGUAGUUAAAAUAGUUCAUUAAGACAUAUGUUUAAAAUAUCAAAAUAUUUACUCUUAUCUUAGCUGGAAGAAGUUCAGAGCUCUGUUAGCUCUGAAGACAUUUGCUAAAUUCCAUAAAUGCAUUAAGCAAGCCGAAAUGCAGAUUAGUGUGUAUGGCAAACUCUAGAUAGCAAUAAAAAUUUGCCAUCUAAAAUAUGUUCAUCUUUCUUGAUUAGAUCAACAAUUUUGAUAACUAAAGUACACGGUCGUGAGCAUUCCUGUACUGAAAGGAAAAUUCAGUGUGCCCCACUUAAUUUAAAUUGCAUGUAGUCAGAGAAUUAGGAUCUCAUCCUACUGAGUUCCUAACUACCAGAAUCAGUAAGAAGAGUAUAAAUUUAAAAAGUACCUUCUUAUUAAAUGCUAUUGAUUUGUUUGCCAAAGAUCUUGGGUUUUUUUAUAUCCCUAACUGUUGGAAGGGCAUUUGACUGUGUUGGAUGGAGCUAUCAGUUUAGUGUUCUGGAGUUCCUGGGAUCGGGGUGUGGGGAGAUGGUUUUUUAACCAUUUUUUUUUUCUUUAAAGGUCUUUCAUAUUAGUUAGUUUUAAAAGAUCUAUGAACUUAAUUGUAACUGUCUCUUCCUCGUUGUGGUUUAAUUGGAUGCUACUGUCCUUUAUACAAUUGGUCUGAAUCAAUUCCAUAAAACAUAUACACAGUUAAUAAUAUGGAUAUUCUAUGCUAUGCUUUGCUAUCCAUACAGCAGGAAGGUUUUUAUAUCCAAAGUGAAGUUCUCCCUUCCUGAAUUAUGUUACAGCCUUGGAGGAAUGUGGAUUUCAAUUAAGUUUGUGCCCCGAAUGUUUUGAUUUUUUUUUCUUUUUAUUCCUCAUUAUAUGAAACAGUAGUGUAUGUGUGGAGGUGGGGAUUUUAUACCAGAUCGUAAGAGUUCAAGGCAUCUUCAAUAGCAAUAGACUCUUGUAAAAGUAAUCUUGUACUAGGUAAGCAGCCAGUGGCUACACAUAGGAACUACAUUCAGUGUAUUUUGAACUUGUAUUUAUCUUCAAGGAAAAUCAUGUUUUGAAGAAAAAGUCAUCCUCUUGAAAGCAAUAUCUAGAAUACUGUUUUACAUAUUCUAGACAAGAAACUUUUUUAAAGGCUUAGUACUAGUCCAAACAAAUAUUUGAUGUGCAAUUUUCCUGGUUUCAAUAAAGGGCAGGAAACUUUU